AUGAAGGUUAUUCUUGGAUUAACCUACCUGGUGGUCGCUCUUUUAAAAGUGGUGGUAGCUGAUUUUGCCCCAGAAAUACAUUCACAAGUGUCAGAUCAUGUCUCUGAAAGCAUUUUGUAUUUUGAUGAUUCCCCAGUCCUUUUGAAUUUGAAUGGCAAGAGUUUACUAAGAUCUCAAGAUGAUGGGAAGAAUUGGGAAAAAGUUUUAGAUGAUGUUCAAAAUUUCUAUAUUGAUAAGAUUAAAAAAGAUCGUGUUUUUGCCUUUUCUUCAAAAUCAACACAUUACGUUUCCAAUGAUCAAGGUAAAAGUUGGGACACAUUCAAAGUAGAAAUUGAUCCUAAUCUCAAUUAUGAAGUGAAUGUCAAUAGCAAAAACACUGAUGAAGUAUUACUGGCAUUUAUUGAAUGUGAUAAAGAAGGAAACUGUAAGAAUGACGUCUUUUACACCACUGAUGGUUUUAAGAAUGAUCCAAAGAUUUUGAUACCAAAUGUUUCAUACUGUACCUUUACAAAAUCUAAUGGUGUUUUUGAUGCAGGUGAUGAUAGCAGAAUUUUGUGUUUGAAAAGUGAAAGAGAUACUCACGGAUAUAUAAGGCAAACUCAAAUUAUCACUUCAACUGAUUUCUUCAAAACACAAGAAACCAUAAAUGAUACCACCGGGAUCCUAGCAACUAGUUAUGUUUUGGAAAUUAAUGUUAUUCAGUCAUUCAUUGUUGCCACUGUGCAAACUGAUAAGUACGGUGCUACCGGAUCUUCAGCAGUUCUAUACGUGUCCAAAGAUGGCUAUGAAUUUACAAAAGCCGUUAUCGAUGCUGCCAUUGUCUCUGAUAGCUUUAGCUUCCUCCCUUCAAGCAAAUCCUCAUUGCAUAUCAGUGUUUGGGGCUUCUCAGAGGAUGGUAAGCAAGUUUCUGAUAUUUUGUCUUCUGACAGUGAAGGUAUUCAUUUCAAAAAGUUGCUAGAGAACAUUGAAGGUAACUUCUUGGGAUUUGUGAAUUUAGAGAAAGUGGAAACUAUUGAAGGUGUUUGGAUUGCAAAUGUGAUGGAAGGAUAUGAUAGUAGUACUUUGGCUCCAUUAUCCAAGUCUAAAAUUACUUUCGAUGAUGGUCGGACAUGGGAUUAUCUGAAAACUAGUAAUUGUCCAGGUGAUGAAAGCUGUAGCUUAAAUUUGUUAAGCUUGGAAGAAAGAAGAGGAGAUGGUCAAGGUGCCACAGGUGCUACUCCAGGUAUUUUAUUAGCUGUUGGCUCUACUGGUACAUCUCUUGAUAAAAACAUUCUGAACAUGCACACCUAUGCUUCAAGAGAUGGGGGUCUUAAUUGGGAAAAAACUCUUGAUGAGCCAACUAUAUUUGCUUUUGGUGAUCUCGGUAAUGUUAUUGUUGCUGCUCCAUACGUUAAAUCUGAUAGACGUAAAGAAAACUUAUUAACGUCUAAACUCUAUUAUUCUCUAGACCAAGCAAAAACGUGGCAAUCAUUCAGCAUUGAUAAGGACAUUUUUCCAUAUUUGUUAACAACUACUAUCGAUGGCACCUCAACCAAGUUUAUUCUUUCUGGGUUGUUCAGACCUCAAAACUCAAAUGAAAACAGCCAGGUUCUUUAUAGUCUUGAUUUUGCAAAGGCUUUCGAUUCGACUUGUGGUGAUGGGGAUAUGGAAACUUGGUAUGGUAGAACAGAUGAUGACGGUAAUGGUCAAUGUAUCUUUGGUCAUAAAGAUAUUUUCAAGCGCAGAAAACAAGAUGCUAAAUGUUUUGUCAACAAAGUGUUUGAAGACUUGAAAGUUGAAGAAGUUGCUUGUCAAUGUACUGAUGGGGACUAUGAGUGUAACUUUGGUUUCUUGAAAAAUUCCAAAGGUGAAUGUGCUCCCGAUUACAAUGCUAUUACCAAGAUAUGUGCAGAUUCUUCAAACAAAGAGUUGAAAUUACAGUCAAAAAGAAAGAUUCCAGGUAACUUAUGUGAAGGUGGAAGUGUUGAUUUAAGUGAAAAAUCGUUCAAUUGUGAUGAUGCUUUACUCAAAGCAAACAAGAUUCAAACUAGUGAAACAAGUUUCCAAGGCAGGAUCGCUCGUUACAUGUUUUUGGAUCAAACUAAAGGUCAUAGCUCUGAUGAAACCAUCCUUGUUAGAACUACAAGAAAUGAAGUUUUCAUCUCACAUGAUGCUGGUAAAAGUUUCAAAAAGUACCAAACUGAUGAUGAAAUUUAUGAGAUUUACCUAAACCCAUACUUUAAAGAUGAUGUUGUCCUUAUCACCACCAACAAGAAGUUACACAUCUCAAAUGACAGAGCAAACACUUUUCAAAUUGUUUCAGCACCAUCAUCAAUCAACGUUUUCGGAUUACCAGUUUUGACGUUCAACAAUCAAACAGACGCUUCAUUUAUAUUCUAUGGUGAUGAGAAUUGUGAAUCCAGAUUCUCAGAAAACUGUAAGUCAGUUGCAUUUAUUACUAAAGAUCGUGGUCAAUCAUGGAAAAGUCUAGCCAAAAAUGUUAGAACAUGUGAUUUUGUUGGUGCUAGAUACACCAAAUUCAAUGCUGAUAAAAACACAAUAUAUUGUCAGGUUCUCGAAAAAGAUGGAUUCUCAUUGAUUUCCUCAGAAGAUGAAUUUGCCAAUCAAAAGACAUUAUAUGAUAGAAUCGUCGGAUUUGCAACUACCACACACUACACUGUUGUUGCAGCUGUUGAAGGAGACAGUCUGAAGGCUUAUGUUACAGUAGAUGGUGAAACUUUUGCUGAAGCUUUAUUCCCAUCAAACUUCAAAGUCAACAAGCAACAAGCUUAUACAAUUCUUGGUUCAGAAACAGGUGCUAUCUUCUUACAUGUCACUACCAACGAAAGAGCCGGUUCCGAGUUUGGCUCAAUUUUAAAAUCUAACUCCAAUGGUACAUCAUAUGUUCUUUCUGAAAGAUUUGUGAACAGAAAUGAAUAUGGUUUUGUUGAUUAUGAAAGAGUUGAAGGACUUGAAGGUAUUGCCAUCAUUAAUACUGUUUCGAAUAACGAAGAAGCAAAACAAGGUUCACGUAAACAGUUGAAAUCCCAAAUCACAUUUAAUGAUGGUUCAGAUUGGGACUUACUUCAACCUCCUUCUACAGAUUCUGAAGGUAAGAAGUUUUCAUGUGUCGGUAAAUCUUUGAGUGAAUGUUCGUUACAUCUUCAUGGUUACACUGAAAGAAAAGAUUAUCGUGAUACUUUCUCAUCAGGAUCCGCCACUGGUGUUUUAUUAGGUGUUGGUAAUGUCGGUGAUACACUUGGUGCUUUUGAUGAUGCUUCAACAUUUAUUACAACAGAUGGGGGUAGCACCUGGAAAGAAGCCAAGAAAGGAGUAUAUCAAUGGGAAUUUGGUGAUCGUGGAUCAAUCAUUGUUCUAGUUAAUGAUCAAACAAAUACAGACACUAUACAUUAUUCUUUGGACGAAGGUCAAUCAUGGAAUGACUACAAAUUUAGUGAAGAUUUGGUCAAAGUUGAAGAUAUUGUUACUGUUCCAUCUGAUACUUCAAAGAGAUUCUUAUUGAUUGCCAACUCUCCAGCAAACAGAGGCGAAGAAACAAAGACCUUUGCUCUUGAUUUUGAGAAUGUUUUUGCAAGACAAUGUGUUUUGGAUUUGGAUGAUCCAGAUAAAGAUGAUUUUGAAUAUUGGUCUCCAAAACAUCCUUUCUCCACUACAAAUUGUUUGUUUGGUCAUGAAGCUCAAUAUUUGAGAAGAUUAAGUGAUCAUUCUGAUUGUUUUAUUGGAAGUGCACCAUUGAGUUCUGCUUUCAAAGUUGUUAGAAACUGUCCAUGUACCAGACGUGAUUAUGAAUGUGAUUUCAACUAUGUCAAGGCAAGUGACGGUACUUGUAAGUUAGUCGAGGGAUUGGAACCAGCAGAUAAUUCUCAGAUCUGUAAAAUUGAUAAAGAUGCUUUUGAAUAUUUUGAGCCAACCGGUUAUAGAAAAAUUGCAUUAUCAACUUGUGAAGGUGGUCAAGAAUUUGAUAAGCUUGAUCCUAUUCCAUGUCCAGGUAAAGAGGAUGAGUUCCAAAAGAAACGUGGUGGCAAGCUUAAAGGAUUUGGUUUGGCUGUUGUUAUCAUUGCGCCUAUUUUAGUUUUCUUAUUUGCAGUUUGGUUUGUUUAUGAAAAAGGUAUUCGUCGUAAUGGUGGAUUCCAAAGAUUCGGUGAAAUCAGAUUAGGUGAAGAAGAUGAUUUGAUUGAAAAUAAUGCCACAGACAAAGUUGUUAAUAGCAUAAUCAGAGGUGGUGUUACUGUUAUUGCUGCUGGUAUUGCAACCUUCAAGAUGUUCAGAAUCUUUGAUAACUUUUUGAUCAACAAAGUCAAAUCCAUCUUUUCUAGAAAUACAAGAUAUGCAAGAAGAGGUGCAGGUUAUAAUGCUGUCAGAGAUGGCGAUUUUAGAGAUGAUGAAGAGGAAGACAUUUUGGGUGAUGUGAUAGAUGAUGAUGAUUAUGAUAUUGAUGAUGAUGGUGAAGUGUUGAACGAAGAACAAGCUCCAGCAGCCGAAGCCGAGGAGGAUGACUUAGGGCUUGAUGAUGCACCAGAGGGAGAUGAAUAUACUGAUGAUCAAAACUUGUUCAAUUGUUUGUUCAUUAUAAAAAUGUCACCUAAAUUUGAUGAUAUCAAGACUCAUUUCCCAGCUGCUAGAAUAAAGAAGUUGAUGCAAUCAGAUGAGGAUAUUGGUAAAGUUGCUCAAGCAACACCUGUUGUUGUUGGUAGAGCUUUAGAGUUUUUCCUAGCUUCAUUGGUUGAUGCUGCUGGUACAGAAGCAAAAGAUGCUGGUACCAAAAGAGUUACUGCACAACAUGUGAAACAAGCAAUUCAAAAGAAUGAAAACUUUGAUUUUUUGGUUGAAAGUGUCUGCAAAGCUGAUGGUAAUGGAUCAGAACAAUAA